AUGACCGCAUCCCGCUCUAUCUACUACUACUCCGUCAUUUACGAGCGAUUCAUUUGCCUGGAGUCAGAUCCACCUGCAGUCAUGGAGUCAUCUACAAUCUCACAGAAGUCAUCCGAUUCAGGUCUUCAUAUCCAGCUACACCCGCUAGUUCUCCUCACUAUCUCCGAUCAGAUUACUCGGCAUGCCGCCCGGCAGCAGCGAGGUCCUAUCAUUGGGGGUCUGCUCGGCCAGCAGAAUGGUCGUGAGAUAACACUUGAGCAUGCAUUUGAAUGCCCCGUUACUUGCGGACUCAAUAAUGAGACCAUUUUACCAGCAGCAUGGUUCGAAGAACGUCUUCAGCAGUUCAAGGAUGUGCACCCACUUCUCGACCUGGUAGGAUGGUGGUCAACGGCUCCAUCCACAGGACCAGUUGCAGCGCAGCUGCCUCUCCACCGACAGAUCCUCCAAGUCUACAACGAAUCCGCCGUCUUCCUCGCCUUCCACCCUUCCGAUGUCCAAAGCGCUAACUCAAAUGGUGGCAAACUUCCUCUGACCGUGUACGAGAGUGUCCACGAGGGUGAUAAUGCGCAAGAUGCCAGCAAGGACAUGCAAGUUGAUGGAGAGGAGCCGGUGCUGAACAUCAAAUUCCGGGAACUGCCAUACUCAGUGGAGACUGGGGAAGCUGAGAUGAUAGGCAUUGAUACCAUUGUUCAAGGCUCCACAACUGCUUCUAUGAAUGUCAUCCCGACCCAGGAAUCAAGCACCCGGGGACAGCAAACCGAGUCCGAGGGCAAGAAGCCCAGCUCGCAGGUCGAGCUUUCACAAGAGGAAGAAGAGUUAAUCUCAAGUCUCACCACCCGUCUCAAUGCAGUUCGUACCCUCGAGACCCGUAUCGCCCUCAUCAAAUCAUACAUUUCGACUCUCUCAGAAUCAGACUUUGCAUCAGACAAGUCAAAAGACAGCACAUCCACCACGAAUUUAUCUCACCCAAUCCUGCGCCACAUCAACUCCCUUCUCUCAAACCUAUCUCUCCUCACUCCAGCAGAUGAAAGCACCUUUGCUGCUGAGGUCCUGUCGCAAAGCAACGAUGUGCUGCUAGUCUCGCUUCUAGGCCAAUUAGGCGAAAAUGUCAAAGCCCUACGUGAGCUGGGCCGCAAAACUGCAACCAUCCAGAAUUCCCGACAGGCUACUUCGGCGCAUAAGAACCCAUCUUCCAUGAUCCAGCGAGGUUACAACGAGCAGCUCUUUGCCGCCGGUGCUAAUCAGGGUGUUACGGAUAACGAGAUGUACUCAUGA